AGAGAGAGAGAGAUCCAGAGAUGGAAGACAAGAUUCAACAGAGAGAGACAGAGAGAGAUCCAGAGAUGGAAGACAAGAUUCAACAUUUCAUCCAUGAGCAUCCAUUGAUAUUCCACGAAGUGGACCCUGGCGAGUGCUUGGUAUGCCGGAACGAAAUCCCUCUCUGGUCGUGUGCUUAUUCGUGUCGCGAACACUUUUGCUUUCCAAGUUACAAUAUCCACAUACGAUGCGCUAAAUUGCAAAGAGAGAUGGUACACCCAUUUCACCCAAAACACUCUCUCACCUUCCAAAUGACGUCCUCAAAUGAUGCGUCAUCAUCAUCUGUAGUGUCAUUCAAGUGCGAUGCCUGUGGCCCGAUCCCUCGCUCCUCUAAUUACUUCCACUGUUCCGAUUGUGGCUUUAACCUGGACACUUGUUGUGCUUUACUAAAGCAUACCGAAACAAGAAAUGUCCAAGACCGUCAAAUUCAAACUCAAAUUCAAAGUCUACUUCGCCACCCACAUCCAUUGAUUAUCUGCGAGAACAAAACCAUUUUUAAUUUUCCUUGUUCUGCCUGCAGGCAACCCAUCAAUGGAAGUUGGAUCUGUGUUUGCCUAGAGUGCAAUUGCCUGCUGGAUGAAUCAUGCGCCCAAUGGCCUUCCCAGAUCGAUCAUCCUCUUCAUCCACAACACCCGCUUACCCUGCUCGUCCACCACCAUUUCGAUUCUGCUUCCAAUCGGUGCAGCGCUUGUGGGAAGGUGCUGGUGGGCUUUACCUUCCAUUGUUCUGACUGUAACUUUAGCCUCGACCCAUGUUGCGCUUCGUUGAUACCAUUGUCUAGCCAAAAUUCUCAAGGCAGGGCCAUAGGCAGAGAGGCGGAGGAGGAGGAGUUUCAGAUUCAACAGUUAAGCCAUCGCCAUCCUUUGAUUCCUUGUGAGAUGACUAUAAAGGGCUAUACUAUAACUUGCGAUGCUUGCCGGCUUCACUUUGAGGAGGAUUCUUCUGUUGUCUAUGUCUGCCUUGAAUGCAAGUUUUUGCUGCACAAAUCUUGUGCGGAUUUGCCUCUUAAGGUAAAACACUCCUUUUGCCACCCACAACACGCACUCACCCUGAUCGAGUAUUCAAUUCGUCGGUCGGAGGAUCCUUUUGUAAAGGAGAAGCCAUAUGUAAGGCCAAUAAGUAGUGGGAAGGCACAUGAAUUCAAAGGUGAACUUCAGUGCCAUGCGUGUACUAAUUAAGUAUGCUUCAGGUUUCGCCUAUGUUUGUCGCAACCCCAAGUGCGGAAUCUUCUUUGACAUUAGAUGCCCAGUUUCCAAACCCUGGUUCAUCAAGCCUGAAAUUCACCACCACCCCCUUCCUUUUUUCAAUGACAGACCGUCCUUAUUGUAUUGCACCGUUUGUAAUAUUAUAAUAAACAUCACCCCUUUCUUCCGCUGUGUGGAGUGUGAAUUUAAUCUUCAUCCCUAUUGUGUUCCAAAAUUACCACCAACUGCCAAAGAUAAAAUUCAUAGGCACCCCCUUACUCUCACCAAUUCUCCCAUCAGAGACUAUCCGGAUGAACAUGAACACUCAGAGUUCUACUGCGAUACUUGUGAGGAAAUGAGGUACCUAGAAGAGCCUACUUACUAUUGUGAAGAAUGCCACUACGUUGCUCAUGUUCAUUGCCUUCUCCCUGAGAUAUUCCCUAUGCUAGGAGCAUACAAAUUUGGCGAGACAAAAUUGGACAUGUCCACUAAUAGUAAGGUUUUGGCGAUAGAAGAGAUGGUGGAGGAAGAAGAGGGAGUUGAUGAACAGGAAGUUGACAUGGCAACUAGUUCAUCUAGAAAGGCUUUUCCAAGUGUUUCCACAGACAAUUCUUCGAUGGUAGCGAGCAAAAAAAUGCAAGGGGCAAGAGUUGAUGGAGAUUCUUUUCUCGUUGAACUAGAUAAAGAGAUUGUUGAGCUUCGCUCAAAGGCAGAGUGGCUAGCUGAAAAAUUAAAGGCAACAAAGAGAAGAGUAAAACAAGUAGAAGAAGGGAGUGUUGAGCAUGUUGCGUGUCCAUUGUCCAAUUCUGAGGAUAGUGAGUGAGUGACAACAAUGCUUAGUGAAGCACUGAUUUGAAAGAUGUUAGAAAUUGGGCGCCCAUGUGGCAUGACCCUUAGA